GAUUAAAUUGUACUUGUACAUAAGUCUUUUACUUAUUAGGUUUUUUUAGUGUGUUACAGAAACUUCUAGUGAAAUUAAUCGUAAUCGUUCAUAAAAUACUAGGCUUUUUAAUCGAUUCCAGAAAGGUUAUAUCGAUAAUCGGAAUUCUCAAUUCAGGAUGAUUGAGUUUGAUAUUUCCAAAUGAAGGAUCCGUUCGAACAGCUGUACUAUCGAAACCUCGGCCGUGAUAAUAUGAAAAUAGCACUAAUGAUUGACACGAGAAAAACCUGCAACGCUAUAUACUGUUUGUUUUAAUUCCACGUGUUGGGCGGCUACUGACCAAAAUCUAAAAAAAAUCAAAGCAAUCAGCAGCCCAAUUGACUUACCGUGAAUAGCACCAGUCUCGCGGUAACAUCGACCGCGGUUGGUCGCAUGCGUGCGUCUCCUUAUCACAUUAUUGUCGGUGUUUAGUUGUACCAUAAAAUUACAAUACAACGGUGAAAUUGAACAAAAAACUAACACAAUGGAUCCUGAAUCAUUUUUAGACCUGGCCAAUCAGGUCAUAAAGUUGAAAAUGUAUCCAUAUUUCGACAUAGCGCAUUCGUUGCUGUGCGCUCUUGCAGUCAGAGAAGAUUUGGGAUCCGGUGCCCAGGCCUUUUCCAGGAAGCAUCCACUGUCAUGCUGGCUGUCCACUAUGCUAGUGAUAUUCGCCGGCGGUAUGGUAGCCAAUGGUCUUCUAGGCGAACCCAUUUUGGCGCCGUUGAAGAAUACACCCCAAUUAGUCAUCGGAACUGUUACAUGGUACUUAGUUUUCUACACGCCUUUCGAUGUAGGCUACAAGGUAGCGAAGUUCCUACCGGUGAAGGUGGUGGCGGCUGCGAUGAAAGAAAUAUACAGAGCCAAGAAAGUUUACGAUGGAGUCAGCCACGCAGCCAAACUGUACCCGAACGCUUACGUCAUUAUGGUCAUUGUUGGUACGUUGAAAGGUAACGGUGCCGGCUUCACGAAAUUAGUCGAGAGGCUUAUCCGGGGCGCUUGGACCCCGACUGCGAUGGAAACCAUGCAACCCAGCUUCUACACAAAGGCUUCGCUGGUAGCUUCCGUGAUCUUCGUAUUGGAUAAGAAGACAGAUUUGAUCUCUGCUCCCCACGCACUCGUCUACUUCGGUAUCGUUAUCUUCUUUGUUUACUUUAAGCUCUCCUCCAUACUUCUGGGCAUCCACGAUCCCUUCGUGCCAUUUGAGAAUCUGUUCUGCGCCUUAUUCAUGGGCGGCAUUUGGGAUUCGCUGGCCAAGUUGCUCGGCAAAGGACAACCCAAGGAGGAGACUAAGGACACCAAGAAAAUCAACUAGUAAUCACGAAUUAUCAGAUACGUUAACGUCGCGCAACCAACUGACACCGACAAUAUAAAUGCGACGCUACAUUACAAGUAUUAUAAACAGAAAAAAAAAAACAAAAAAAAGAAAAAAACAAAAAAAAAGUAAAACUUUAAACCCAAAAAAAUGGCACAACGACCAAAGUUUGAUUUGUUUAGAAUUAGUAUUUAAUUUGUAGUUUUAAACGUAUUUUUAAUAAUUAUAGAUGUUUUUAUAUUUUUAUUUUAUAUGAAUAUUAGUUCCUGUAGUCCCUGAUUUGCCAAAUAUUGUGAUAAAUUACUAUUAUCAUGUAUUAGUUAAUUAAUAAAUUCUACUUGUAUUAAAGAUGACCUGUACUUAAAAUGUGACAAUGUAUUUUUUAGUUUUAUGUAUUUUACAUUUGACUUGUACCAGUAUAUUUGAGUGAAAAAAAAAGAAUAAAAAGGAAUCGAGCAUUGAAAUUAUUUACGUAGUACUUAAGUUUUCUCCGAAACGAAUAUCGAAUGUUCUCGAGUUUCCUUGUUAAAUAAACGACAGUAAACCAAUAAUUUCUUAUCUGUAAGAGAUCGGAUAAAAAACAAGGCAUUUACCCUACCUCAUUCUAAGAAAAACGGAGGAAGUUUCUGUUAGUAAAAAUAAAGUUGACGUUAUCGAUAAAUGACACAGAUUAAACUAUGGUUUCGUCACUCCGAAACACGCUAACUUUUAAUUCAAAUAAUUUGCCACGAAACGUCUGACUGAUUCGCGCGGGUGCAAGCGAUGAUGAUUACACGUUUCUUUCGUUCAUAUUUUAUCCUGCUAUUUAUUAAAUGACACUUGAAUAUAUUACAUACUAUUUGUAUAAUUCAAAUUGCCUUAAUAAACACAGCACAGACGAAGUAAAUUUACAAAAAAAUAAAUCUCAUGUAAUGUAAUAAGAAAUUGAAUUAAAAUUAUUUAAAGAUUGAUAAAUUAAUUUUGCAAUAUACAUAUUUUGUAAUUCAAACAUCUGUCAACUUGAAACAGCUGACCGAGUCGCAUUGGGUGCAAGCGGCAAGGUAUACCGAGUUUCGAGUUAAGAUUAUUUUAUUACUUCUUACUUGAAUUAAUUCAUUAUAAUAAAAUUACUAUUUGGGUAUGUUCAACAAGGAAAUAAAUUGUUUUUAUUAA